AUGGCGUGUGAUACUUUUAUUAAAAUAGCACAAAAAUGUCGACGUCAAUUUAUUAUACCGCAACAAGGUGAAAGUGUACCUUUCGUUGAUGAAAUAUUGAAUACAAUUGAAACUAUUACGAAAGAUUUAUCACAUCAACAGGUUCAAACUUUUUAUGAAGCUGUUGGUUAUAUGAUAUCUGCACAAACUAAUAAGACUGCACAAGAACGAUUGGUUGCUCAAUAUAUGGAGCUUCCAAAUGCAGGAUGGGAUAGAAUAUUGACACAAAUUUCUCAAAACUUGGAUGCGUUAAAUGUGCCUGAAAAUACUAAAAUGUUAGGGCACAUUCUAAAAACUAAUGUAGCUGCAUGUAGUGCGGUAGGUGGCGGAUUUUCAACUCAAAUUGCUAGAAUUUAUUUUAGUUUAUUUGAAUUAUACAAAGCAGUCAGUCAGCUUAUAUCAGAUAGCGUAGCAAAAGAUGGAUUGAUUGCAACAAAAACACCACGUGUACGUAAUUUAAGGGUUAUCAAAAAAGAAACAUUAAAAUUAAUGGAAGUUUAUAUAACUAAGGCAGAAGAUACAAGUCAAAUCAUAACACAUUUAAUGCCACCAUUCUUAACAUCAGUUCUUAUCGACUACAAUACAAACGUAGAGCCUGCAAGAGACGCUGAAGUGCUAAGUUCAAUGGCAGCUAUUAUAUCAAAAUUGGGGGCUAGCAUCACGAAUGAAAUUCCCUCAAUAUUGAGUGCUGUGUUUGAAUGUACUCUAAAUAUGAUUAAUAAAGAUUUUUCGGAAUACCCUGAACAUCGCGUUGGAUUCUUUAAAUUACUUCGAGCCAUUAAUCAACACUGUUUCCCAGCGUUACUUACAUUACCUGCAGCACAAUUUAAACUUAUAAUGGAUAGUAUUGUAUGGGCAUUUAAGCAUACAAUGAGAGAUAUUGCAGAUACUGGAUUACAUAUUUGUUUAGAACUCCUGAACAAUAUUUCAAAUCAAGAGUCAGCGGUAGCAAAUGCAUUCUAUCAACAAUAUUAUCUUAAUUUAUUACAAGAUGUAUUCUUUGUUUUAACAGAUACAGAUCACAAAAGUGUACUUCAAUUUAUGUUUUCAAUUGUGGAAUCAGGAGUAGUACAAGCGCCUUUGUUUAGUCCUGAAAUUAGAGAUCCUGAGAUGACAAAUCAACGAUAUUUAAGAGAAUAUGUUAUAAAUUUAUUACAGAAUGCUUUUACACAUUUACAACCGUUUUUUGCAGGCGAUAAUGCAGAUUUAUAUCUUGAGGAAAGAGAAGCUGAGGCCGAACUUCGUAAGAAAACAGAAAUGGCAAAUGCGUUGAAAAUUCCAGGUCUUGAAAUUGAACAUAGAGAUUUCAAGAACAAUAUAAUCAAGGCAAUUCGUCAACCAAUAAUCGAAGAAAGAUUAAAAAACUAUAUAGGUGAGUUGUUUUAG